AGUGCUGGCUGCUGAUGUUUCUUUGGGUUCCCGUGUUCUAAUUCAUGAGUCGAGAUGAGCGCAGACUGCGAGGGCAACUCCACCUGCCCUGCCAACAGCACGGAGGAAGACCCACCCGUGGGAAUGGAGGGACAGGGGAGCCUGAAGCUUGUUUUCACAGUCCUGUCGGCUGUGAUGGUGGGUCUGGUCAUGUUCUCCUUUGGAUGUUCAGUGGAGAGUCGGAAGCUCUGGCUGCACCUCAGAAGACCCUGGGGCAUCGCAGUGGGCCUGCUUUGCCAGUUUGGGCUCAUGCCUCUGACAGCUUAUCUGCUAGCCAUUGGCUUCGGUCUGAAACCAUUCCAAGCUAUUGCCGUCCUCAUCAUGGGGAGCUGCCCUGGGGGCACCGUCUCUAAUGUCCUCACCUUCUGGGUUGAUGGAGAUAUGGACCUCAGCAUCAGCAUGACGACCUGCUCCACAGUGGCUGCUCUGGGAAUGAUGCCCCUCUGCCUCUACGUCUACACCCGGUCCUGGACUCUUCCACAGAGCCUCACCAUCCCGUACCAGAGCAUAGGAAUUACCCUUGUGUCCCUGGUUGUUCCUGUGGCCUCCGGCAUCUAUGUGAAUUAUAGGUGGCCAAAGCAAGCAACAUUCAUUCUCAAGGUCGGGGCUGCUGUUGGCGGCAUGCUCCUCCUGGUGGUGGCAGUUACCGGCGUGGUCCUGGCAAAGGGCUGGAACAUAGAUGUCACUCUUCUGGUCAUCAGCUGUAUUUUUCCCUUGGUCGGCCAUGUCAUGGGCUUCCUGCUGGCGUUCCUCACCCACCAGUCUUGGCAAAGGUGCAGGACGAUUUCCAUAGAGACCGGAGCACAGAACAUCCAGCUGUGCAUUGCCAUGAUGCAGCUGUCCUUCUCUGCUGAGUACCUGGUCCAGCUGUUAAACUUCGCCCUGGCCUACGGACUCUUCCAAGUGCUGCACGGGCUGCUCAUUGUCGCAGCAUAUCAGGCAUACAAGAGGAGGCAGAAGAGUCAAUACAGGAGACAGCACCCGGAGUGCCAAGACAUCAGCUCUGAGAAGCAGCCCAGAGAGACCAGUGCCUUCUUGGAUAAAGGGGCUGAGGCUGCUGUAACUCUGGGGCUAGAGCAGCACCACAGGACUGCUGAACUGACCAGUCACGUUCCUUCAUGUGAAUAGUGGGAGACCCGGAACUGUUUGGUCCUCCAUCUUCCUCCGCAGCCAGUGAAGACUAGGUGUGGUUGGCAGUAAGCAGCAGGCCUCGCCCCGCAAAACUGUGCUCCCGUUGUGGAAUGUAACCCGAGAGAGAGAGAGAGAGAGAGAGAGAGAGAGAGAGAGAGAGAGAGAGAGAACACCGUACAGAGGAGACAUCACUCACGCUGCGGGACAGAGCGUCCACGGGCUUCUUGACUUCAGGCAGAUGCUCUGGAGAACUAGGGAAGAGACACUAAGAUUAGCUGCACUGAUGUGACUCUUAAGGGAUUGAGCCUCAUUUAAUUUUGAUUAUGUGUAUAAUGCGAGCGGGCGAGCUCUUUCUCUUGAGAGAAACAGACAGGUGCCCAGAAUCUCCAAACUGUAGAUGUGCCCGAGUCUCCAAAAGAAGAGACACAUGUGCGUCCGUUCAAGUAUUCUGAGCACCCAAUCACCAGAAAAGCCUGCAGCUUCUUUCCUGUGUGUUUUGAUAGUCGAUCAGUGAUUGUCUCAGAACCCUUUUACACUUCUGUGUUACCUACCUCAUUCUUUAGAACAGUGACUGAGUCCAAGUGUUGCAUAAUAUAGGACUGUAAUUUAUUGAAGGCUUCUUUCUUAGUCUUCAGAUACCUUCCAGCUCAGGGCUGCUGUGAACCCCUGGCCCUUACUCCGUGUCCCAGUAGGCUCGCUCCUUCCUGCCGCUCCAGUGGGUGGGCCCACAGCUCCUCAGAAUCCCAGACAGACUGUUCUGCCUCAGAGGGGCGUUGUGCUUCACUCCCACCAGUCUUAAGAAGUGAUUUCUCUUCGUUUUGACUUGAGAGAACAUCUCAUUAAAAUCAUGAUCUCAGAAUUA